AUGAGCCAGAGAACACGCUUUGUCUGCGUCUCGGACACACAUGCCUAUACCCCAUCUGAAGCAGGAUUCAAACUGCCCGCCGGCGACGUCCUGAUCCAUGCCGGGGAUUUAACCAACCAAGGGAGCAAAUCUGAGCUCCGCAAAACGAUGAAUUGGAUCGCAGCCGCCGACUUCGAAGUCAAAAUCGUCAUCUGUGGUAAUCACGACAUCACGUUGGACGCAGCCUUCUACGCCGAGCACGGGUCAAAAUUCCACGGCCAGCAUCUCGAAGAUCCCCAGGAAUGCAUGGAUGUCGUGAUCAAGGCAUCGCCAUCGAUCGUGUUUCUCAGGCACCAGUCAGCAAUAGUCCGCUUGACCCGGCCUGACGGUCCAAACACCGUUUUCAAGGUCUUCGGUUCUCCAUUCUCCCAAUCCCCCGGAACCUGGGCCUAUGGGUACGAAUCCACCCAUGCGGCUGCACUCUGGGAUCAAAUCCCAUUGGACGCGGAUCUUGUCGUCACCCACACGCCGCCUCAUUCUCACUGCGACAGCCGAGCGGUGGGUGCGGUUGGGGUUGGGUGCAAGGCCCUGCGUCAGGCGUUAAGUAGGGUCCGACCGUUGCUCGCGGUGUGUGGCCAUGUCCAUGAGUCGCGAGGCUUUGAGCGAGUGCGGUGGUCGCAGAGUUCGGCGUCGUCGUCACCUUCCUCGAAUGCGAGGUUCAAAGAGAGCGACGAAGACCAAGUAGUCAAAGGGGAGUUGCCUGUUCCGGGAAGUAAAAAGCAAAGCCUCGUCGAUCUGACGGGUAGGAAGGCUCAACGCCUCGACAAUCAUGGCUGUGCGACGAUCGAGUCUGGGAUGUCAUCGUCUCAGGAUACCUUGGCCUUCCCGUGCCCUAUGGAUCAGCCACUCCCACGCUCUCGCGCACACGAGCAAGAAACAAAAUCGCCGCCAUCCUGCCCGCAGCCCGCCAGGCAGAAACCCCGACCGCAGCGACGGGAGACGUGCAUCGUCAACGCGGCGAUCCUCGCAACCAGCUGGCCACACCGUGGAGGGAAACGCUUUCACGCUCCUAUCGUGGUCGACCUGGAGUUGCCGACUUGG